AUGUUGACUCCCAUCAGCACCAACAUCUCCUCGCCGGUCCGCCCAGCGCUCGAGAGCCCCACCCACAAGCAAUGCCACUCUGCUGAGAACAAGAAGCUCGAUGUUGAGCUUGCUGCCAAGGUCAAGUCCUUGAAGGAUGGCGCCAAGGCGAGGAAAGAGUCCAAGGGUCCCAUCCUGAAACGCAAGAUGGCUUGUGCCACCUGCCGUCGCCGCAAGCUUCGUUGCGAUGCCGCUCGUCCUCGUUGCUCCACCUGUGCACGAUCGCAGGCGUCGGCCGAGGCUGCUGGUCACCCUUCGGCCGUGCCUCCUGGUCCUUGCAGCUACGACUGCGACUCGCACGACGAGCCUACCCCCAACCGCUUCUUUGCCAACGGUUCUUUCCACUCCCUCACGUUCCACAGCCACCCUCGUAUGCCCAUGACGCCUGGCUUUGGUAUGCCUGGUCCAUACGACGCCAUGACCGGCGCCCCAAUGGGCGAUAGCCUCAACUUCUUGCCACCUACCAGCCCUCACGGUGUUUGGGCCUACGGCGACUUCCCCAUGACGCCUUCGCGAGUCCCCGGUCCUGGUUGCAAUCCGUCGUCGUGCCACACCACACCUCUGAUCACCACCCCGACGCGUCCCACCUUCCUCACCUCCACUCCGAUGCGCAGGAUCAUCAGCCCCAGCCUCGCCAUCAACUCCACACCUGUGCAGGAGCACGACGUCUUCUACUCGCCACCGGCUCACGAGCAGUGGACGCCAUCAUCGGCUAUGAGCACCGAGUCGCUCUACUACAGUCCCAUGGUCGCCUCUUUGUCAGAAGGACUCGCUUCGGUAUCGGGCCUCUCGUCGGCAGCUUCGACACCAUCGCUGGCUUCGACGAGAGCCAUUCGAUCUCCCUUCCACAUGAGCCAGGACAUCGGUACACCGCUCAGCAUGCCUCCUACCACUCCUAUCUCGGACAGCUUCGAUGUUCACUCGCUCGGUCCUCCCAUGGUGCCUCGUGCGACUUUGUCGCCGCACGAGCAGCAGAUCAAGUGCACCAACUUCCUCCAGUCGCUCGAGCCAAUGCCUUACAACCUCAUCGACUUUAGCGGCGCUGGCGCCUUGCACGUCGACGCUACGGCCAUGAUGCCAUCGCCCAUGAUGUCUGCCGAUGCCGUCGAGAUCAUGGCUGGCAACGACUUGGGUCUCAUCAACGGCGGUGCUUUCGAUGGCAAGCUUCAAGAUCCCUUCAGCACCUUCUCGGGUCUCGAGAUGCCCGACGCUAGCUUGCUCGCCAGCGCUGGUGCUGCUGACAUGUCGGGCAUGACCCUCACCUCGGCCAUGCCCACCGACAUCCGGGAUUGGCAGAUUGAAAAAUUCACAGCUCGGAAACGACUCCGCUCGAAUCUAGGCACGUCGUCGUUGCGCUACGAGCUCCCCGUGACGGAGCGGCUACGACCAGAGCAACCUCGGAUUUCGUCGCCUGACUGGGCCACCUGUUCCGCCUUCAAAUGCUCUGAUGCUUUCCUUGCCUCUUCUCGACUCACCAUCUGUUCUUGGCUAAAGAUGUCGUCGUCACAGCCCAAUCAACAUCCUCACAAUUCAUCGCACCAAAGUCGAACCAGUCGACCCUCCGCAGAUGAAGAGCGAGAGAGACUCGAAGCGCUUUGGAAGCCACAACAGGUUGCCCUCGCCAACCCUACACUCAAGCCGCAUCGACACAUUCACAUCGAUUGGCCCAACGCAACCAUCAAGAAGACGCUAGCAAUCGGACCUUCAGCACCGGAUACCAAACCACCCGUAUACGAUCGACCGCUUCUGUCCGACGAAGAGAACCAAGCUUCAUCUUGCGUUCUGGUCACCAAAUCCUCUCCCAUCAAUGCGACCAUAUACGUCCUGAAAGAAUCCGCUCCUCCUUCCUCCGAAGACUCCUCUUCCACCACCACGAAGAAAGCAGACAAACCGAUCCUCAUAUCAGCGAAAACCGGCUCCGUGGGAUCCAUCUCCCUCACCAUCCCUUCAUACAUCGGUUCGCGUCCACUCAACAUCCGUGCAAAGUCAGUUAACGGGAAUAUCGUCAUCUAUAUCCCCGAAAGCUUCUCCGGCCUGCUCAAUUGGACAUCGGAAACCGGAACGCUCAAGCUAUCACCGGCGGUACAGCAGAGGUUCAAAUGCUUGGAUAGUCCUCCGCAUAAACACCGAGGUACGGCCAAGAUCGUCCCCAGCACAGCGAGCGGGUUGAGAGGCGACGUUUGCACCAUCACCAAUCGUCACGGCAGUAUCACCAUCAAGGAAGCGCAAGAGGAAGGACGUAGUGCGGAAGGUGGUGAAAAGGACAAAUCCUGUGUAAUUCAAUAA